CUACGUCAUUUAGAUAGCCGUCAUCACCAUCACCUGCAGACCGUAUCGGCUCGGAGCGGUGCAGAAAUUACAGGAAAAUGGUGUUGUUUACUAUGAUCGCGCGGUUGGCGGAUGGACUGCCUCUGGCCGCCUCCAUGCAAGAAGACGAACAGAUGGGUCGAGACAUGCAGCAGUAUCAGAGCCAGGCCAAACAGCUGUUUCGGAAGCUUAAUGAACAAAGUCCAACACGCUGCACACUGGAGGCCGGAUCCAUGACCUUUCAUUACCUGAUAGAGAAAGGGGUGUGUUACCUGGUGCUCUGCGAGGCCGUGUUCCCCAAGAAACUCGCCUUCGCCUACUUAGAAGAUCUCCAAGCCGAGUUCCACGAGCAGUACGGGAAGAAAGUUCCCACCGUCUCCAGACCGUACUCCUUCAUCGAGUUCGACACGUACAUCCAGAAAACGAAGAAGUCUUACAUCGACAGCCGAGCUCGCAGGAACCUGGGCAGCAUCAACACGGAGCUGCAGGACGUCCAGAGGAUCAUGGUGGCCAACAUCGAGGAGGUGCUGCAGCGAGGAGAGGCCUUAUCUGCGUUGGACUCCAAGGCCAGCAACCUGUCCAGCUUGUCCAAGAAAUACCGCAGCGACGCCAAGUACCUGAACACGCGCUCCACCUACGCCAAGCUGGCGGCCGGUGGCGUCUUCUUCAUCAUGCUCAUCGUCUACGUCCGCUUCUGGUGGCUGUGAGGACCAGGACGAGGAGGCGGAGGGAGGAAGGAAGGAGACGUGACGGAGGAGGCUCGGAUGUCGCGCCGAAGGAGGCGGAAAAGACCCGCCGUCACUCUCCCUUUCCUCAGAGACUGACGGUUCCGGCACUUUCUCUCCCCAAGCAGUUCGCUAGACUGAGUUACGAUUCUUUGAUUGUUCACAUGUUGUAUGUUUCAUUAAUUGAUGAGAAAGAUGAGUGAAUGUGUGAGUGUUUGAGGAGAUAGUGAUGUGAAUAAGAGCGAUGGCGAGAGAGAAACCGCCCACCAAAACAAGAGCGCCACCAAGUGGACAUUUUGCCUCAUUUCACAAUCAUAACAAGGUCACUUAAAGGCUCAUUCACGCUUUCACUCACUCACACAUUCAUUCAUUCAUUCAUUCAUUCAUUUGCGCUCCGAAUGGAGGGAUUGCAGGUUUUUUCCCCCAGGUUUACACGCCAUGUCUUAGGCAGUCAAGUACACGGCUGUGAAAACCACCACAGUGAGGAGGAAAAAAAAAGAAAAAAAAAAAAGACUCUCUGGUGUACUUUUGCCUUCCACUCGCUAAUAACGCAGUUCCGUGUCUGAUACCUGUACGUUUCAGUGUCUAUUACGCUAAUAAACAGCCGACGUUUCGUUUGUUGUUCUGUUCUAAAUUCACCUCACGACUCUAACAGUAAAGAAUGUUGAAAUGUGUAGGAACGUCAUAGAUAUCUACACGUUUAGAGGCUUUCCGGGAGUCUCUGGAUUUUAAGCGGGCCUUUUAUCCAUACAGGCUUUGUCAAGACAACGUCAAGAUGUAUAAACUUGAGCUCAAUAUCCAAAAUUUGUCGUGACCAUUGGCGUAAAAGGGAAGAAAUAAGUUCACCUAACUUCACUGGGCGAUCAUGUUUUAUUUACGGUGCGGUGAUUUAGAAUACUUGUUUGUUUUGUAAACCUGCCCUUCCACUUUAUUCUCACCAGGUGGCGCCAUAACACCAACAAUAACAUAAAAUACCCUUGCACAGGAGGUGUAUAAACCCUUCUGUAUAUACUAGACACAGCUGUCGGGCACUUCUAUAAGGAGAAAUCACACGUAUAUUCAUUAAAUCUGUAUGUCCUAUACCCUUUGCAGUGCAUGUCCACAGGGCGGACGGCACUAAACAUCAAAACGCUUACCUGAAGACGCCCUGCAUUACUUAAGGUGUGGAAUAUCUUCUAUAUAGUGGAGUAGUAUAUGGAGUAAGCAUCCCAUUUAGUGCACUUCACGACGGAGACUUUGUUCCCUACCCUACAGUACAGUACAGUAUGUAGUGAACUUGUAUAUGGAUUGUGUCCUGCCCAGUGUAGUGCACUUCAAUAAAGAUCUGUACCCCGUACGUGACGUAUGUAGACGGUUAUAUCAUUCAUACUCUAUAUGCUGUGGUUCACUCGUGCAGGGAAAAGGGUUGCAUUUGGCCUUCAGUCUCAGCCGGAAGAGAAAGAACUGUGUAGCUGACGUGAGAGAAGCUAUUUACUUUGUUUCGCAGGAAGUGGGUAGUGAGGGGAAAAAAAAAAAAGAGAAGCAGCGUGUCGAGCUUUAACUGCAGGGCACAGGCCAAACUUUUCACCCCUACGGUUUUGGCCUGCUGAACGGGAAGUGCUAACGAAAACGAAAAUGGCACAAACACCAGCUCUGUCUGUGUACGUGUGCAAUGUGGGUAAUGUGAUGGAUGCACGGAGUUAUCAAUAAUAAUAAUAAUAAUAAUAAUAAUAAUAAUAAUUACUCUGGUAUUCAGCAAUAAAAUUCAACCAAAUGCACAUGUCUUCCAGGAUCACUGUGAACAACGGUUACAAUGUUUGUUUGUUUGUUUGUUUGUUUGUACAUUAGUUUGUUUGUCACAGAUGGUGGUCUUUAAUUGAUCAGAUCAGCUGUGUACAUACCGCACAUGACAGAGUACAGAUCUUACAGGAGAUUUGAGAAGAAGGAAGAGGACAUGAAACAAACAAAUGAGACGAGGCUGCAGACAGGCAACGGUAUUUUUCGCUUUGUCUGACUCUCAAAGAGCCAUGACUUCAACGGACCUGCGAAAAACAUCCGUAAAUACAAAAUGAAAGAAAUAAUCCAUUCCCAAAAUGCGAUCCGUACGGUUUUUCUCACCAUAAAGGUUGUUGAUCAUCCAGGAUGUGUUUUGUGUAAGAUGUUUGCUUCUUUUGUAAUGGCAGUGUACGUCUCUAUAAAUAUCUGCUUCAAACCCCG